AUGCCCCGCCCCUGUGCCCUAGCCGUCCUCGCUACGCCAUGCGUGGCCGGCGUCUGGCGGCUGUUCCUGGAGCGGCCUGGGCUGGCGCUGGAGGGCUUCUCGUGGCUGGCGGAGUUCGCGCUGGGCUCGGCGAGGCGCCGCAGGGAGCGGACCGCAGAUCUGGAGACCGCGAGAGACGCGGAUCCUGCAGGACUUCUUCCCGAAGCCGAGGUGUGUACCCCUUGUCCGGCACCUGAGAGGUGCGAGGAGUUGGCCGUCGCGGGGGCCUGCGACUGCGGGGGCGUGAGUUGCGAGGCCCGCGAGUGCAGCCCUUGCCCUGUUCCUGAAAGGUGCCCUGAGUUCACGGGGCCGCCCUGGGAGCAGGAGUGUCAGGAGGUGCCGCUGCUCGCCUCUGAGGACGAGUCGGAGCUGACGUCGGUCAGUUGGUGGCGGCUGUGCCUUGGAGCGGCGACUACGUUUCUGAGCCUUGGGAACAUGGCGCUCGCCGACCGCACUACGCCAUUGCCGGGGCACACGUUCGCGGUGUUCUUCGAGGGUGAUUCCUGGGGACACGAACGAGUGCUGGUGUGGCCGCUCUCGGCCUCGUGCUGGUUGAUCUACGCAGCCAAUGGGGAUUUCUACGCGGAGGAUACCGCUCUGCACGACAAGGUCGUGGCGCUCAAGUCCCUGGGCGAGCGACCCGCAGGGCUGGAGGCGGAGUCAAUUGUGCAGUUCGACGGCCCAAUCCAGCGGGGCGAGUUCCUGGACCUGAUGGAGUCCGCCCAGAGGCACGUCAGCUCGCUGGGGGACCAGCGCGGAUUGCCAGAUUGGCCCGCGCCCACGCGCUGGAUCACGGCCGAAGGGAUGCUGGAGGCAGCGCCGCGGCCUCGGCGGCUCGUCGGGCGGGGCCGCCUUCCUAUGCCCGGCCCACCCCUGCCGCUGACGGCAGCUGCGCGUGCGCGGUCUGGGCCGGGAGGCGACCUUCGAGGCGACCUCUUUGGGGCCGCGCUCAGCAGGGCCGAAGCCGGGGGCGCCCCGGCCGUGGUCUGGCGAGUGGCUGAACCUGGACUGGAGAUUGGCGACGUCGGCACGGAGGUCGCCCCGCGCUUGCUGGCGUUCGCAGGCCGCGUACACGGAGUGGCGGUGACUGACGCCGGCAUGGAGGUCCCAGUGAUAGGCGUCGACCCCGACAUGAGCCUGGAGGACUUCAGGGCCCAGAGGCUGGCGCUGUUCUCGCCACCUACGCCGCGGGGGGCGCCGACAGCCGCCGUCGAGCUUGACGCCGAUCCAGUCGCAGCUUUCCGCCGAGAAGCUGGAGGGCGUGAGGCGGGCGUCGCGGGCGUCGGCAGCCCGCUCGAGGAGCGGCGGGUGGCCGCCACGGCUGCCGGCGCCGAGGAGGCCUCUGCGGAUGUCCGAGUGCUCGCGGUCGACUGGGACUCGCAGGGGGAGAGGCACAAGGAUUGGAAGAUGGUGUGCGGUGAGUCAGCCUCGCACUCUUUCCGAGACUGGCCUCUCGACGGGCCUUGUACGACGCUCAGUGUGAUGAAGCACAUCGAUCGCUUUGGCCCGAUGCCCACCUCGUGGCUGGAGGCCUGGGCACGGCGGAAGCACAUGUCUCCGUCGGACAGGGCUUUUCACGAGCUGCGGGUGCUCGCCGAGAGCUUCGAGAUGUUCGGGUGCUACGACCAGGUGAACAUGCCGUGCUUGGCGGGGAUCGAGGUGCUGAUGCGGAGGUUCCAGACCAUCAUCGAGGCUCACGCUGUGCCCGGCGCCAAGCCGAACUACUCCAUGGCGGGAGUGUACUCGGGCACGGCGAUGCUGGAAGAUGCAGUGGCGCCAGACCUCCGCGUGUACGGCGCCAAGAGGCUCAAGGAGAAGGUGCUGGAGGGUAGCGUGCAUCGUGGAGGACUCACACUCAAGCACGUGGAGGACGGCGAGGACGACGACACAGGUGCGGCCGGCUCGGCCGGGGCCCCAGCGGGUCCGAAGGGCGGCGGGGGACGCGGAACCGGGAAGCCGAAGAUGAAGGAAGAAGCCGCCAGAGUGCUUCUCCGUGGUCAUCUCGGCUACGACGCCGAGGAGACCCACGCCACCGUCGUGCCCUACGAGUUUGGUUCCGUCUCGCUCCCUGACCAUGUCCAUGACGCUGCAGACGUGACAGAGGUGCUUGGCGCUGAGGACCGCCUGAUUAUCGAGGGUUGGCAAAAGAGUAUGAUGCGGUCUACCGAUGAGUUUAGACAGCUCAACGAGUGGCUGGGUGACAUCAAACCGUUCUGGGACAAGAGGCUGUCGCGGAACCAGAAGGCCUAUCGGCAGUUCAUCCUGGACCUGGACCGACCGGGCCUGAUCAAGUGGACCGCUGACCCCAUUGAGCACGCGGGCCUUUUCUUUGUUGGCAAGAAGGACAAGUCCCUGAGGCUCAUCAUUGACGCAAGGCGGGGGAAUCGCCGAUUCAGGGCCCCCCCUCACACGGACUUGAUCACGAGCGACGGGCUGUCCAGGAUAGAGUGCGAGCCGGGCUUCAGCGCGGACCCCAGUUGCUGCUUCACGCUGGGUGUGGGGGACGUGGAGAACUGCUUCCACCGGCUGCGGCUGCCCGAGGGGAUGCACCGCUGUUUCGCGCUGCGGCCGAUCGCCGCAAAGUACACCCCACUGCGAGAUGACAUGGCGCUCAACGCUGCGGUCUAUCCCUGCCUGGCCUCCUUUCCCAUGGGGUUCACCUGGUCCUUGUGGGUGGCUCAGAAGUGCAGUGAGACAGUCCUCAACCAGGUGCACCAGUUGGGACCUGGCAGGAGGAUCACGGACCACACGGAGCCGGUCGUGCUGCGGAAGGGCGCCGAGACCCAGUACACCCUGUACGUGGACAACCUGGACGUGUUCGGGAGUUCGGAGGCGCCCGUGCAGAUCGCGCUCGGCGCCGGCUGCGAGGCGCUGGGAUCGGUGGGCCUCAAGACGCACGAGCACGAGCUGAUGGCGGGAGGAGGCGAGACGUUGGGCUGCGUGCUGGACGGGCGCCUGCUUGAGACGCGGGUGACCGAGAAGCGGAGGUGGCGCAUCGAUGGCGCCUUUCGCUGGGCCCUGCGCCGCCGGCGCCUGAGUGGCAAGCAGCUCGAGAGGCUCGUCGGCCACGCCACCUUUGUCAGCCUGCUCGAUCGCACGGCCUUGAGUGUGUUCAACGCCUGCUACGCCUUCAUGCAUCGGCACGGUGAGAACAUGGCCGUUGUCUGGCCGACGGUGCGACUGGAGCUCCAGGCCUUCAUUGGCUUGUUGCCGCUCGUGCGCGCGCCGUGGGAUGCACGGUGGUGCGAGACUAUUGUUGCUACAGAUGCCUCCCUCGAGGGAUGGGGGCAUUGCCGUUGUGCUCUGACGGCCAAGGCUGUGGCUCUUAUUGGCCGUACCUCAGAGGUGUCUCGCUUCCGACGGGUGCAUGACGUCGGAGCUCGCGAGGCCGCAAGUGCAGCGCUGUAUCCUUUAGAUGAGGCAGGCGAAAAGUACCGUCAGACGCCAUUCAUUGACUCCGCCAGCUUUGUCGACAUAGGGGAGGCGUUGCCGUCGUCGUCGGGGGAGGAGGUCUGGAUGAUCGACAGCUUGUUCCCGGAGGUGCCGUUCGGGGAAGGGGGCGUGUUCUCGGCCUGGGGCUGCAUCACUGAGAAAGAUUUGAUAUCACCUUGGAGAGUCACUGGAAAGGGGAGGUGGAAGUUCGGAGAGCGUAUCCUGGAGUUAGAAGCUCGUGCAUUGGUUCUAGGUUUGGAAAGUUUGAUCGCCGAGGGAGUCCGUGACAGUCGCAAUCUUUUCCUGGUCGACAACAUGGCUAUUGUGCUUUCCUUUGCACGAGGGCGAGCCCCCGGGCUGACCGCCCCCGCCUUGCUGGGGCCGCGGCCGGCGCCGAAGCUGGAGAUGCUCUCGGCAGAGGAGGCGGUCCCCGCGGGGGGCGCCGACGGCCUGGACCGCGACGCGGCCUCCGCGGCCCUCGAGAGCUCCGACAGCGACGACCUGGACGAGACCACCGUCGCUCGGAGCAAGCGGAGGCGGACCAAGUACCUGCUAGCGGCUCGGCACUCCAUGGAUCAGUUGAGCACCUUGCUGGAGUCGGAGGCCGUGCAGCCCAAGACCAGGAACUACUACCACCUCCUGGUCUCUCGCUUCUCCACCUGGGCGAAGCUGAGGCGGCUGCAGCUCCUCCCGCCUUGCCGCCUGGAUGGGACGCUGUGUAUCCAUAUGACGGAGCUUUUCCUGAGCGGGCGGCAGGCGAAUGUGGGGGAGAAGCUGCUAGCUGGUGUCCUGCAUAUCCUCCCGGAGUUUGGGAAGGUGGGGCACCUGUCGCUCCCGCGCGCCUGGAGGGCAGUCAAAGGCUGGAGACGCCUGCGCCCGGGUCGGAGCCGCCACCCCAUGCCGCUGUGUGUGUGGGCGGCCGUAUGCCACUGGCUGAUCGAGCAGGGCAAGCGCCACGAGGCGGCCGCGAUCCUGCUCGCCCUCAUGCGCUACCUGAGGCCGUCAGAGCUGCUCAGCGUGAGGCGUGGGCAGCUGAUGGCCCCGGUGGGGGGCGUAUCGCGCCACUGGAGCCUGCUGGUGGUGCCCGAAGAGUUGGACGUUCCCACCAAGGUCGGCACACUCGACGACAGCCUGCUGCUGGACAUGCGGGAGCUCAAGUGGCUGGAUGCGGUCUGGGGCGAGCUCAGGACGAGGCCAGCGACAGAGAGGGCCUUCCCUUUCACGUAUCCAGACCUACUGGCGGACGUGCAGGCCGCGGGUGCCACGCUGGGGUUGAAGCUCGUGCCGUAUCAGCUGCGACACAGCGGAGCCUCCCACGACACGCUGCGCGAGCUUCGGAGCUUGCAGGAAGCCAAGGUCGAUCUCGGAAAUGCCACGCUGGACGCAGCUCUCGACUUGGCCCGUGCCGCCCAGUCCGCCGGGACGUCGCGGCGAUGGCACAAGAUGGUUAGUUGA